GGGAGGGGACUAGGGCCAACUAUUUAAGCCCUGCGCACAGCUCGCUCUCCUCGCCUCCUUCUCUCCUCACUGCAUGCUAGCGUGCAAGCGCGCACAUGUGUGUGUGUUUAUUUAUAUGCCCCCGCCCCCUCUCUCUCUCCGUGCCUCAUGCACUCCUGUCUGCCGGAUCUUCAUUCAGUUCCUCAUCUUGCGUCUGGCCAGGGCACUGCUGACCGUCUCCCCCAUCUCCUGAGCUUCCAGAGGUGCUCCUUUGCUUCUUCGUGGACCUCCUCUUCCUCGUGGUCCUCGGCAUCCCCCUCCGCCUGCCCGUUGCAGCGAGCGGAGGCUGUGGAUUUGGCCGGCACUGUGGGAGGCAGGCUCGACCGAGUGGCUUAAAGAUAGAGACGGGAACGUAAAGAGAGAGAGAGAAGGGAGAGGAGAAGCCUGUGGAUGAUCUCGUCACUCCUACCCUGCUCAUCCCCACCAUGAACAAGAUGAAGAACUUCAAGAGGCGCUUCUCUCUGUCUGUGCCACGCACCGAGACCAUCGAGGAGAACGAGUACACGGAGCAGAUCAACCAGCUCAACAUCCGACACACCCAGGGGCUGGAUCACCACCAUGACUGUCUGGGUGUCCCGUCCCAAGACCGCAGCCCAGUGACUCCUGAGCUGGCCCCCACUGGCACCCAGUCCCCCUCCCAGCUGCUGUACCACAGCAAGGCCCAGCACCGCCGCUUCUCCAUGGAGGACGUCAGACAGCGCAUGUCCCUGUCCAUGGACCUCCGCCUGCCCUCUGAGCUCCUGCAGAAGCUGCAGCUGGAGAGCCAGACCUCGCCGCCGCCGACCCCCGCCUGCAAGCCCCUCAGCCGCGUCUCCCGGCGCGCCUCGCUGUCUGACAUAGGCUUUGGCAAGCUGGAAACCUACGUUAAGCUGGGCAAACUGGGCGAGGGGACAUAUGCCACCGUUUUUAAAGGGAGGAGCAAACUCACUGAAAACUUGGUAGCACUGAAAGAGAUUCGCCUCGAGCACGAGGAGGGAGCACCCUGCACGGCCAUCAGAGAGGUGUCUCUACUGAAGGACCUCAAGCACGCCAACAUCGUCACCCUCCAUGACAUCAUCCACACAGAGCGCUCUCUAACACUGGUCUUUGAAUACCUGGAUAGUGAUCUCAAGCAGUAUUUGGACAGCUGUGGAAACCUGAUGAGCAUGCACAACGUCAAGAUCUUUAUGUUCCAGUUACUGCGGGGUCUGAAUUACUGCCACAAGAGAAAGAUCUUACACAGAGACCUCAAACCACAGAAUCUGCUCAUAAACGACAAGGGAGAGCUCAAGCUGGCUGACUUCGGGCUGGCCAGGGCCAAGUCGGUCCCGACCAAGACCUACUCCAACGAGGUGGUUACGCUGUGGUACCGCCCCCCCGAUGUUCUGCUGGGCUCCACAGAGUACUCCACCCCCAUCGACAUGUGGGGGGUCGGCUGCAUCAUGUUCGAGAUGGCCACUGGGCGGCCCAUGUUCCCCGGAGCCACUGUGAAGGAGGAACUCCAUCUGGUCUUCAGACUCAUGGGGACGCCGACGGAGGACACCUGGCCGAGCAUCGGCAGCAACCAGGAGUUCAGGUCUUACGUGUUCCCCCAGUACCGGCCUCAAGCCCUCCUCAACCACGUGCCCAGGUUAGAUACAGAGGGAAUCGAUCUUCUGAAUGCACUAUUAAUGUUUGACACUAGAACACGGGUCAGCUCAGAAACGGCCCUGCAUCACUCGUACUUCCUGAGCCUGGGGGAGAGCAUCCAUAGCCUGGCCGACACUGCCUCUGUGUUCUCUCUGUCUGAGGUGAGGCUGCAGAAGGACCCGGGACACCGUAGCUCUGUGUUCCAGGCCCCAGGCCGGGGCAAGAACCGAAGACAGAGCAUCUUCUAGAGGCUGGCCCUGCCGACGCUGAGGACAACACCUCAUCUAUGAAGGCUCAUAGGAACAGACAACAUGGCCCACUCGCACCACACACACACACACACACACACACACACACACACACACACACACACACACACACACACACACACACACACACACACACACACACACACACACACACACACACACAACACAUAUCACAGGCUACACAUAUCACAGGCCUAACACAUAUCACAGGCACACAAUGGCACACUGUGUGCCAAAAGGGUUUCCUUUUGAGGAUGUACUCGGCUGCACUUGAAAAUUGUUGUGAAAUUAGCAUUCAGGGCAGAGGAUGUACACACACACACACACACACACACAUUUACACACACAAACACACACACACACACACACACACGCACACGCACACGCCCACACACACACACACACACACACACACACACACACACACACACACACAUUUACCAUUGCACUCGUGUUGGAUCACGAAUUCAAGAUUAAUAUGCCGCGGAAUAGUCAAAUACACUAGAAAUACAUGUAUUUAGCCUCACACACACACACACACACACACACACACACACACACACACACACACACACACACACACACACACACACACACACACACACACACACACACACACACACACACAAACACACACACACACACACACACACACACAAACACACACACAUCUUCAAUUCAUUCCAAUGCACAAACCGAAAACACACUGCAUAAAGUAUAUGUACGAUACUUCAAGGAAAAGUACUUUCUAACUUAACGUCCCCCUCCCUGACUUCAGAGUGGAUCAGUAGCAAUAGCUGGGACGUACAUUGAGGUGAAGCUUCACCAUCUCUUCCAGCAGUGACUCUCGGUGUCGGGGAUCGUUGUAACAGUGUUACGGGUGUAUGCUCGCACGUAGGGGUGUGUUCUUUUGUUUUAGUUGAAAAGUUGCCUUAGUAAAGCUCUGUGCAUGAUGA